GUAUUUUCACUUCCAUCAGUUCCGUGUUAAACUCCGACGGGUUAUCUUACAUUUUUUCAUUAUCUGGGACAACAAUUCUGUGAAUGAUUUUUUUUUCGCAUCAAAUUCUCGCGAUUGUUUUUUUAAAUAGAAUGUUCUCUUUUGAAAAUUAUUCGGCCGGGAAUGUGGAUAGAAUGUGAUAUGAAAAUUCACGGACUCAUGGACUAUGUGUGAAAAAAAACGUGACAAAUUCGAAAAAUGUUGUGGCUUUGAGACCGAUCAAAUGAAACUGUGAUAAGAAAUAAUGAUUCAGAUAUCUGCAUCUAACAGUACAAAGUACAAAAUAUCGAGGCGAAUUACGAUGCGUCAUUCGAAUGCGAUAGAGAAUUAUGUGAUACUAACGUUAAUGUUCCUGACACUGUUAUUGGUCAUUGAGGUGUCCGGACAAGAUGCAACCAUUUAUUUGGGACAAGGAACGGUUGUUGGUUUAAAGGUUUUCCCAGAAGCGUCCAGAACACCAGUCUAUGCGUACUUAGGAAUUCCGUAUGCUCAACCACCUGUUGGUAAAUUAAGAUUUGCGCUACCGAGACCUCAUAGUGGUUGGAAUAGGACUCUGUAUGCCCGAAACUAUCAAUCAAUUUGUCCUCAACUGGACAAUAAUAUUUACGAAGAAAUGUCAAAUGGAUUCAAUUACCAGGCACGAACUAGCGAAGACUGUUUGUACCUGAAUAUCUGGACGCCUGAGACUGUUCGUCGCAACGGAAACACCCCAGUCUUAUGCAUUAUUACCGGGGAAGAGAUGGCUUUCGAUUGGACCCAAAAUCGUCCGAAUGGACUCGAUCUGGCCUCCGAGGGAAUCGUUGUGGUUACCGUUCAAUCGAGAACCAAUGUCUUUGGCUGGUUAUCGCUCGAAACCAAGGACGCUCCUGGUAAUAUCGGACUGUACGACCAGAAUUUGGCUUUAAAAUGGAUACAAGAAAAUAUUCAAAAAUUUGGCGGUGAUCCAAAGCAAGUAACAUUGUUGGGCCAUGGAACAUCAGGGGCUGCAAACGCAGCCAUUCAUCUCGUUAGUCCGAAAGCGGCGAAUUAUUUUUCAAAAUUAGUGCUCAUGUCGGGAACGAUUUUCUCGUCGUAUUCAUUUCAAACCAGACCAAGAAAUGUAGAGUCACCGUCAACGGUAAUCGUUCGGAAUCUGGCAUGCGAUGCGCCAAGUCCUUCGUUCAUACUGGAAUGUUUGAGACAGAAAAGUGUCAGCGAUCUGCUGAGGGCUUUCGAAAUCGUUUACGAGAAUGGGAACUAUACGAAACUGUUGGGACCGGAAAUUGACUACUAUCUCGAUUCGUCGAUGCAAUACAUUCCAGAGGAUCCACGGAUCGUUAUCAGUCAGAAAUUGUAUCCAGACAUUCCGAUCAUAAUGGGAAUUUGCAAUAACGAGGGUGCUUUCAUUCAUGGACAAUGGAUCGAAAUGGCACGGAAAAAUUUCGAAACACUGAAGACGUUCAUAUUCGGAACCACCAUACCGAAUAUUAUGGAACAUUACGGAUUCACUGGCAAGGGACGAGAGCAAAUCCUAGAAGCAAUAAACUGGCGAUUCUUCCAUCAAAUACCGCAAACAUCACCCAACUUAUUAAAUGCGCUGCAGAGACUUCUAUCCGAAGUGAAAUAUGAGACUCCGUUCUACGAAAUGAUCGAAACGUUUGUGCAAGAACCGACGUCAGAGAACUUAGUUUUUGAUGUGACCAACAACACUACGAUGGUUAAUCUACAGCAAAAGAACUCUAAAUUGACGACAAACGACUCUUCCCUGUUCGUCUACAUAUUCCAGCAGUCGAACGCGAUGGAUCUACGUGGAAAUGUGAAUUACUUUGGUGGAGCUGGUCACUCGUCUGAUUUACUGUUUCUCAUGGGUCCGAGUCUGUUUCAACAAAUUGGUAGAAGGAAAAUGUCGCAAUCGGAGAAUAGAAUUUGUCGGAAAAUGCGACAACAUUUUACCGAUUUCGUUAAGACCGGUAGUCCAACACCAGGACGAUUACUCGACGCAUGGCAUACGUACACAAAAAACCGGAAAUACAUUCAUGUGAUAGGAGAUUCAAACGAUGGGUCAAUCAACACGGUGAAUUUUGAAAAGAAUCAAGCGCAGAUUGAAAAUCUGUUAUCGCUUGACGAUACAGCCAUCGUAACAAAUGAUUUGUCCUAUUCGAAUCCAUAUCUGAUCGGUAGUGAGCCGUCAAAUCGAAGGGAAAAUUCCCGAGCACCAAAGUAUAUAACGAACGUCCAAGAUUCGGAAUAUUAUCUGUCAUUGAACCGAAUCACCGCAUUCUGGAAGGAAUAUCUCGGGAAAUUGUACGCCAGCCACAAUAAUCCAGCACCCAGAGACCUGGACGGAUCAUUCGAGAGAGAUGCUAUUUACUUCGGCGAAACAAUCGACUCGAAAUUCAAACAUGCAUUCUUCUCAAUGCUGGUCAUUGUGUGUCUACUGCUGGCUCUGCUGGGGGUGUGUGUUUACAUCAUCAAGAAAAAUGACCAGAAGAUCGAUACGGGUUUCUUAUGACGAAAACUUUUCUUUCGGUCCACCUUGUUCGACCGAAAGAAAAGACAACGGCGGAACAUUCGAGAUCCGUCGAAGAAUGCACCCGAAAAGAGUGAAACUUUGGAUUCGAUUUCUUGCGGUUUUGACGAUAAAUUUGAAGUGAGAAAUUGGAAAUAUCACCUGACCAAUGAACAUUUUUAGGCUAAAAAUAAUUAUUUAUCUCUGUGUACAGUGCUGCUUUAAGAGUCGGUGUACUUAAAACUCUUUACAAAGAUUUCAUUUUUCACAAAUUUGUUUUUUUUAUUUUGUUGGAACUACAAAUUUUAUGAUGGUCACGGUCAUGUAUCUGGCUCUAUGUUGUUGCGAAUGGAACGUUAUUAAAAUGAAAUUAAAAUCGUC